CCUCUCUGCAGCCGGCGCCCCACGCGCCUCGCGGGCACGCGCUCCCUGCCCCGCCCGCGUGCGGCGGCCUCACGGCCCCGGGCGCGCGCCCUCCCCGUGCCUCCGCGGCGGACGCACGGCCGCGAGCGCGCGUGCGCCCCCGCGAACGUCCCCGGGAGCCGAGCAGGAGCGAGCGCUGGGGCCGGUCGCGCAGGACUGAAAAGGAGGCGGCGGCCGCGGCUGCGAGCAACAGAUCCGGGCUCCGCGAGCAGACCCGCUCUGCUGUUGGGCGGUUUUUUUGUUUGUUUGUUUAAUUUCAAAAACAUUUGUUAAAUUAGAAAAUCUUGCAUUUUUAAAUGGCGCUGGCCCUGGGUCAGCGGGUGGUUUUCGCUGCUUCAAGAUGGGAUUUGCCGUUUCUGUCGUCGGCACCAGUGGUGGCCUGAUUGUCAGUCUUCUCCGGGCAUUUUUAAGGCCAGGAGCUGAGCGCUGCAUGUAGGCGCCCUACAGAGCGGUUUGGCUUUUUAAAUUAUUAUUCUUAUUUUGGGCAGAGAACAGUCGAUUCUCGGGCAUUCGUCCUCUGUGGAGAAGAGGCUGCGAGUCGGCGGUGGGUCGCUCUGAGGCUGAAAUUCCUCCCGGGGUGAGCGAUCCUCGGCCCCGCUCAUAGUCCAGGCAGCCCCGAGUGUGUGUCCUGUCCCUGACGACGCCGGGAAAAUGGAGGCUGUGAUUGAGAAGGAAUGCAGCGCGCUCGGAGGCCUCUUCCAGACCAUCAUCAGCGACAUGAAGGGGAGCUAUCCAGUUUGGGAAGAUUUCAUAAACAAAGCCGGAAAGCUACAGUCCCAGCUUCGGACAACAGUAGUAGCAGCAGCUGCCUUCUUGGAUGCCUUUCAGAAAGUGGCUGACAUGGCCACCAACACACGUGGUGGUACCAGGGAGAUUGGCUCGGCCUUAACCAGGAUGUGCAUGAGGCAUCGGAGCAUAGAAGCCAAGCUGAGGCAGUUUUCCAGUGCUUUAAUCGACUGUCUGAUAAACCCACUUCAAGAGCAGAUGGAAGAAUGGAAGAAAGUGGCCAACCAGCUGGAUAAAGACCACGCAAAAGAAUAUAAAAAAGCUCGCCAAGAGAUAAAAAAGAAGUCCUCAGAUACACUGAAACUGCAGAAGAAAGCAAAAAAAGUGGACGCUCUCGGGCGAGGUGACAUCCAGCCCCAGUUGGACAGCGCGCUCCAAGACGUCAACGAUAAGUAUCUCCUGUUGGAAGAAACAGAAAAGCAGGCAGUCCGGAAGGCUUUGAUCGAAGAACGUGGCCGGUUCUGCACCUUCAUCUCUAUGCUGCGGCCCGUGAUUGAAGAAGAAAUCUCAAUGCUAGGGGAAAUAACUCACCUGCAGACCAUAUCAGAAGAUCUGAAAAGCCUGACCAUGGACCCUCACAAACUGCCCUCUUCAAGUGAACAGGUGAUUUUGGACUUGAAAGGUUCUGAUUAUACUUGGUCGUACCAGACUCCACCCUCUUCCCCCAGCACCACCAUGUCCCGCAAAUCAAGCGUCUGCAGCAGCCUGAACAGUGUCAACAGCAGCGACUCGCGGUCCAGCGGUUCCCACGGCUCCCACUCGCACUCGCCCAGCUCCCACUACCGCUACCGCGGCUCCAGCCUGGCCCAGCAGGCGCCUGUGAGGCUGUCCAGCGUGUCCUCCCAUGACUCAGGGUUCAUCUCCCAGGACGCCUUCCAGUCCAAGUCGCCAUCCCCCAUGCCGCCGGAGGCCCCCAACCAGUUGUCUAACGGGUUUUCUCACUAUAGUUUAUCAAGCGAGCCCCACGUGGGGCCCGUAGGGGCGAGCCUUUCCCCUCAUUGCCUGCCCGCCUCCCGCCUGCUCCCUCGGGCCACCUCUGUCCACCUUCCAGACUACGCUCAUUAUUACACCAUUGGGCCCGGCAUGUUCCCGUCAUCUCAGAUCCCUAGCUGGAAGGACUGGGCCAAGCCAGGACCUUACGAUCAGCCUCUGGUGAACACCCUUCAGCGCCGCAAAGACAAGCGAGAGCCAGACCCCAGCGGUGGAGGCUCCGUCGCAGUGGGAGGCACGCCCACCGCUGCCGAGGAGGCUCAGAGGCCGCGGAGCAUGACCGUGUCGGCCGCCGCCAGGCCUGGAGAGGAGAUGGAGGCUUGUGAGGAACUGGCCCUGGCCCUGUCUCGGGGCCUCCAGCUUGACACCCAGAGGAGCAGCCGGGACUCGCUUCAGUGCUCCAGCGGCUACAGCACCCAGACCACCACCCCCUGCUGCUCUGAGGACACCAUCCCCUCCCAAGUUUCAGAUUACGAUUAUUUCUCUGUAAGUGGUGACCAGGAGGCAGAUCAGCAGGAGUUUGACAAAUCCUCCACCAUUCCGAGAAACAGCGACAUCAGCCAGUCCUACCGACGGAUGUUCCAAGCGAAGCGCCCAGCCUCAACUGCUGGCCUCCCCACCACCCUCGGACCUGCUAUGGUCACCCCAGGGGUUGCAACCAUCCGACGGACCCCUUCCACCAAGCCUUCUGUCCGCCGGGGGACCAUAGGAGCUGGUCCCAUCCCCAUCAAAACACCUGUGAUCCCUGUCAAGACCCCCACCGUCCCAGACCUCCCUGGGGUGUUGUCAGCCCCUCCAGAUGGGCCCGAGGAGCGGGGUGAGCACAGCCCCGAGUCGCCGUCCAUGGGUGAGGGCCCCCAGGGUGGCACCAGCAUGCCCUCCUCAAUGUGGAGCGGCCAAGCCUCCGUCAACCCUCCUCUUCCAGGCCCGAAGCCGAGCAUCCCCGAGGAGCACAGACAAGCAAUUCCAGAAAGCGAGGCCGAAGACCAGGAAAGGGAUCCCCCAAGUGCCACUGCCUCCCCAGGCCAGAUUCCAGAGAGUGACCCUGCAGACCUGAGCCCAAGGGAUGCCCCGCAAGGAGAAGACAUGCUGAACGCCAUCCGCAGGGGCGUGAAACUGAAGAAGACCACGACAAACGACCGCUCAGCCCCGCGCUUCACUUAGGCUCUCUUAGGCUCACAAGAAAUGCUGCCAGUGGGGAACGAACUGUCUAAUUAAUAGACCUAGUUUGUCUUGAUCCAUUCCAAUCUGUAAUCAAACAAAAGAUUUUGUAGGCAACUCAGAACACAGCUCUUUUGAAAGUACUCGACACCUUUAGAUAAGAAUUAAAAGCAACAUAUGUAACUGACAUAACCUUGAUCUUUUAAUUUGUAAAUAUUGAGUUUUCUUUCUGCACAUUUUAAUUUUAAGUUUCCCUUUUGAUUUUUCUGAAGGUGCCAAAUUCCAUUUUUUACAAGUCUUUGUAAAAUUUUAAAUGCAUAAUAAGGGGGGGAGGUCGGGCAGGGGAACCACGAAGUAGUAAUUUCAGAAAAAAGGAUAACUAUACUUAGCUUUUUUUUUUCUUUUCUUUCCUGCAAGCUUUUGUAGAUGCACUGUAGUAGUCUGGCUUAGACACAAAUUCAAGUUAUUGUAAUGUACAAACAAACAAAAUGGGUAAGGGGUAAAAAUCCUUCUUCAAGUAUACUACCUUCGGAAUGAGGAAAGCGGGAGUCAGCUCAUGCGCAACAUUAGGAGUGAGGGAACUCUGGAAAUGGUAGAGGCUGUGUUGGGACUGGGGGGAGGGGCGCGGGAGGGGCACACUGUCAACACAGCCGAUCCUGUUACAUUUAAGAGUAGCCUCGUAGGUUGAAUUUCUAGUAGCUUCAUGGUAAAUGCAUCCGAAUAAGCCACACUGGGUUGCAGUGUUUGUUUCUGCAGGGUGUUUAAGGACUUCCUUUCUCCCACGAUCGCUCCUGACUGCACACAGCACCCACCUCCAGUCCCGUGCAUGCUGCCGCCACCGGGUAGACAUAGAACCCCCCCACUUCAGUUACUUGUCUGUUAGUUAUACCCACUUUCACUGAAUCCAAACACAUCCAGAAGGGUAAGGCGGUUUUAAAAAUGUGAAAACAAACAUUUAAAAAUGUUUAAUAGCAGGGAAUCUUAGAGAUAGAUAGCAAAUGCCUUUUACUUAACCGUGCCUAGCAGGCUGGGCGCGUUGAAAAGCCCAAAUAUUUUGGAAAAACUGGAGCGGAUUUAACAAGGGUAACCAGCUUGGAGUCUGGCAACUUGCCAAUGUGUUUACCAGUCUGGGGGCUUGUUUUUCUUAUCUUCUUUUAAAUAAUGGCAGUUAAUUGGCUUCACACUAAACAUCGAAGAGAGGAGGAUUUAUUUCUGUCACUGGGAAUCUGACCACCAUACUGUCCCUUUUUUUUUGUAUUCUAGGCAGUGUUUUUUGGAAUGGAUUUCUGUCUUUUCUAAGUGAAAGUUAAAUUUGUUAUAAUGCCCAUCCCCUAAAGCCAGCAGAGAUGUGUAGAUUUAAAGGGACCACGUUUGAGGAAUGCAAUGGUGUUUUAAAAAGCCAGCCCCUUCGGGUCAGUUGAAAGUGCUCGUUUGGGACCGAACCUCUCAAGGAAUAGGAGCCUGGCGGGUCCUGCAGAUCUCUGUUGGCUCCACUCUUCAAUUACAUAAUCUUCUGCUUUAAUACGUAACUGCACUGGAUGUGAAAGAAACGUACCUGUAUAGUCAGUGUUCUCUAUGUUAACAUUUAACACUGCUGUGAUUGCUCAAAAACGUUUUACGUUACGGCUUUCAAGCAAAGGCAUGAUUAUUAGAAACUGUUUAAACUUUUUUCUUUGAAAAACAAGCUCCAUUUACAGAAUAUAAGCAACAGUAGUGCCUGUGGUUUAGCCCACCAAUCCUGAUGACUAAAAGUAGCUGAUGCAUUGUGCAUAUGAUGCUUGAGAUGGUUUUUGCAAAAGCAGAAAUCACUGCAAGGUAAUUACGAUAGAUAAAAGUGAUAUUUUAGACCUUUCAAAUAAAUGGAUGUAACUGUACCUUGGUACAGCUUUUCACUUGUUUAGUUUUUAAACGUUAGUAUAAUCUGAAUAAAUUUAAUAUAAAAUGUUGCCAAAUUCAAUGUAGAAAGAAUGUGACAAAACGCCUUGGGUAGUUCUGUUUGUGUUUUUGCAUAUUGUAAAAGCAGUGUCACAGCUAAAAAUAAAGAAAUCAUUUCUAAAGGUAAAUUAUUGUGGUUUAGUUGCUAGUUUGUACUGAGAGUUGACCUCUCCCUGUGCAGUUUUUUGUUCUAAACUUGUAUAAAUAACAAUUGUGUAACGUGUCUCCCUUUUACCUUGUAUCAGUUGCUUCAGCCUACAUUAUAAAUAAAGAACCACUAGAAAAAAAAAAGCCCUGCAUUUCAA